GAUGGCUUGAUAGAGAUAAACAAAAUGACUCACAAGCUUCUGAGUAGAUAUAUGACCUUGGACAGCUUUGACGCCAUGUUCAGAGAAGCCAAUCACAAUGUGUCAGCCCCUUAUGGAAGAAUCACUCUUCAUGUCUUUUGGGAACUCAAUUAUGAUUUCCUUCCAAACUACUGCUACAACGGGUCCACUAACAGAUUUGUUCGGACCGUGCUACCGUUUUCUCAGGAGUUUCAGAGAGAUAAGCAGCCUAAUGCACAGCCGCAGUAUCUCUAUGGAUCGAAGGCGUUGAAUCUGGCGUAUUCCAGCAUCUACAGCAACUACAGGAAUUUUGUUGGUCCUCCUCACUUUAAAGUCAUCUGUAGACUUCUUGGGUAUCAGGGUAUCGCUGUGGUGAUGGAAGAGUUGCUGAAAGUUGUCAAGAGCCUGUUACAAGGGACGAUUCUUCAGUAUGUCAAGACCCUAAUGGAAGUGAUGCCUAAGAUCUGUAGGUUACCAAGACACGAGUAUGGUUCUCCAGGUAUCUUGGAGUUUUUUCACCAUCAGUUGAAGGACAUUGUUGAAUAUGCAGAACUGAAGACUGUCUGCUUCCAGAAUUUGCGGGAAGUGGGAAAUGCCGUCCUGUUUUGCCUCCUCAUUGAACAGAGCCUGUCCCUAGAGGAAGUGUGUGACCUGUUGCAUGCAGCGCCGUUCCAAAAUAUCCUGCCCAGAGUUCAUGUCAAAGAGGGUGAAAGACUUGAUGCUAAAAUGAAGAGACUAGAAUCAAAAUACGCUCCACUACAUUUGGUUCCUCUCAUUGAAAGAUUAGGAACACCCCAGCAAAUAGCAAUCGCAAGGGAAGGGGACUUGCUGACCAAAGAGCGCCUCUGCUGCGGCCUCUCCAUGUUUGAGGUUAUCCUGACGAGGAUCCGCUCCUUCCUGGACGAUCCCAUCUGGCGCGGGCCCCUGCCCAGCAAUGGGGUGAUGCACGUGGACGAGUGCGUGGAAUUCCAUCGCCUCUGGAGCGCGAUGCAGUUCGUCUACUGCAUCCCCGUGGGAACGCACGAGUUCACUGUGGAGCAGUGCUUUGGAGACGGCUUGCACUGGGCCGGCUGUAUGAUCAUCGUGCUUUUGGGACAGCAGCGUCGCUUUGAUGUGUUGGAUUUCUGCUACCACCUGUUGAAGGUCCAAAAGCAUGAUGGCAAAGACGAGGUUAUAAAGAAUGUGCCUUUGAAGAAAAUGGUCGAGAGAAUUCGCAAGUUCCAGAUUCUGAAUGAUGAAAUAAUUGCUAUUUUGGACAAGUAUUUGAAGUCUGGUGAUGGAGAGAGCACACCCGUGGAACAUGUGCGCUGCUUCCAGCCACCGAUUCAUCAGUCCCUUGCCAGCAACUAGACUUCCCGCCUAAUGAUACUUUUUGCACCUCUUUAGGCUUAAAAGUAUGAGGAAAAAAAAAACAACAAACCAACCCCACACCAACAGUUUUAAGGAAUAUUCUCAUCUGCAUUUUUUUCAGUAUGCCUGUGCCAUGCGAGUGGUGCACUGUCCUCUUCAGUCUCCAAGCACAGUAACUGUAUACAAUCCAUACUUAUUUUUCUAGGCUAAAAUUUUAUACACUUUGAUUAAAAACCUGCAACUGUAAAAGAUUUUUGAAAUCUCUUUGCAUUCCUGUACUGAGGGGGCCAUUUGAGACUGGACUGGCAAAAUUUCCCCCCGAACCUGUCAAAGUAAGAGCUGUGGAGGGUAAGAAACUGGGUUCUGUAAAAAAAAAAUAAUUUAGAAAUCCAUUCCUAAUUGACUGUAUUAGAGCAUUAAUUGCUUAAUUAGCCUUUAUUAAAAAAAAAA